CUACCGAUGUGAUGCCCUCUGAAAUAGAGCUGGGGCUGCAGCAAACAAAGAAUGAUGAAGGAGAUCAGUUUGCAGCAGAACUUCAACAGCAAAUGAAGCAUCCUGACAAGCCCAGCAGCCCCUCAUCAACUAAGAGAAGGCAGAGUGCUACUGUCACUCAUGAUGUCCGUGAAAAGAAGACAGAAAGUCAUCCAACCCCACCUGAUGGAUUCUUGCCAAAAAUUGCUGCGCCAGAAGUUACGAACAGGGCAGGAGCUGGUAUUCCACCCAACCAGCUGGAUUCUCCCACUGAUGACUUCACUAAAGAUGGCCUGAUUCCCAAACCUGGUAGUAAUUCACUUGGAGGAGGAAACAAAAACUGCAGUGGCUCUGCAGGUGACCCAAAAGGUCCAGCAAUGUCUUCACCAGGAGCAGUGCCAAAUACAUUGCAAAUAAGUCCUGCUGUGGCAAAGAAAAUUAAUGAUGAUAUAAAAUAUCAAUUAAUGAAGGAAGUUCGGAAGUUUGGGCGAAAGUAUGAAAGGAUUUUCACCUUGAUUGAAGAAGUGCAAGGACCUCUUGCAGUCAAGAAACAAUUUGUUGAAUUCACCAUCAUGGAAGCUGCAAGGUUUUAAAGAGGUGUCUUAAUUCAGCAACUUGAGAAGGUAUUAGAAAAAAUAGAAUCCUGCCCCCACUCAAGAA